GCGCUGGGCGGUUAAGAGGGAAGCCGGGGGCGGUGGGCACCGCGGGCGCCGCGGGGGCCUGCGGGGCAGCCGAGAGGGCCGCGGGGCGGAGCGGGACACUGCGCGGAGGGCCGAGCCGGGCCCCGCCGCGGCCCGCCGCCAUGGACCCGUUCCUGGUGCUGCUGCACUCGCUGUCGGCCAGCCUGUCCACCAGCGAGCUGACCGAGCUCAAGUUCCUGUGCCAGGGCCGAGUGAGCAAGAAGAAGCUGGAGCGCGUGCAGUACGGCGUCGACCUCUUCACCGUGCUGCUCGAGCAGAACGAGCUGGACCGCGAGCACACCGGGCUGCUGCGCGAGAUGCUCGCCUCCCUGCGGCGCCAGGACCUGCUGGGGCGCCUGGACCACUUCGAGGCGGGCGCGGCGGCCGAGGCCUCGCCGGAGGAGCGAGACCUGCAUGCAGCGUUUGACAUCAUCUGUGAUCACGUGGGGAAGGACUGGAGAAGGCUGGCCCGCCAGCUUCGCGUGUCUGAUGCCAAGAUCGAUGCCAUCGAAGAGCGGUAUCCCCGCAACCUGACCGAGCAGGUGAGGGAGUCGCUGAGAGUCUGGAAGAGCAGCCACAAGGAGGGCCCGCCCGUGCCCCACCUGCUGAGGGCCCUCAGGGCCUGUCGGCUGAACCUGGUGGCCGACCUCAUCGAGGACGAGCAGCAGGCCCGGGCCCUCGACAGCCAGAGCGGCGGCGGCACCAGCAGCAGCAGCACGGUGUCGCUGACGUCAUGGAACUCAGACAGGCCCUCCUCGGGGGUCCCCUGGUGACCUGGCGACCCUUCUCCGGGGGCACCUAAGGGCAUCUGCACGGCCCGAACUUUGGUUCCCCACCAGGGUUGACCAAGUGCCUUCCACGUGCCGGUGCCGCGGUGCCUGGCCGUGAGCCAGGCCAGCACGCGCUCUGUGCCAGGCGGGGCUCCGGGCGCACAGAUGCUCCCGCUCGCUCCUCACAUCGCCCCGGGGGGGGGGGGGGGGUCUGUGGUCCCGUUAAGUGAGGACCUGCGGGAGAAGUUUAGGAUCGUGUCCAGCACACAGAAGGGACGUGAAAAUCAGCGUCAUCAUGUCGCUAGCUCUGGGGGGGGAGACAGUGCCGAGGCCAGCAGCCGUGGGGGCCGGGGCGUCAGCCGGGGCCUCGGGCUCCAAGUCCACAUGCGACCACGGGGGCGUUGUGCUGCUCCCAGAGCUGGCCAGAGGCUUUGAGGCCGCGGUGUAGACCUGUGUCCCAGCGCAGGUGCCGUGGGGAAGCCUGUGGGCUCGUGGCCCUUUCACAUGUUAUGGGACAGUAAGGACGGCGGGAAGUGACACUGAAGUGCUCAGCGGUGACGGGUACAGAGUGUGCUCCACAAAUGUCAGUUCUUGGAAGUAUUAUGACUUCUCUGGUGCCACGGUUUGUUAUUUUGUAUCAAAAUCACUGUUUUGUAUCAAAAUCAGAGUCAGUAAGGGAGCUGGGGCCUGUAAUUUUAAAUAGUGAUCUUCCUGCUUCGAAGGUGAUCCUAUUAAAGCUGUGCCUUGACAGUGAAAA